GCAGCAGCAGCCUCCAGAUCGGAAGCGGAGGGGACAGCUCCCAGGUGCUGAAACUGGUUCGGAGACAGAGGGAAGACAAAAUAAAAAAAUAAAAUAAGAAAUCAGCGUCUGCGGAAUAGAUUCAGAGAAUUAAACCUCUGUCCUGCUUAUCAGAGGCAAAUACAGGUCGAAACGAGGCCUUCGAAACAGAUGGCUGCCACUCAGGAUGUUAAGGGGAAAGGAGAGGGAGGAGACCAAAAUUUCGACUACAUGUUUAAGCUACUCAUCAUCGGCAACAGCAGCGUGGGGAAGACGUCCUUCCUGUUCCGUUACGCCGAUGACGCCUUCACGUCGGCCUUCGUCAGCACAGUGGGCAUUGACUUCAAAGUUAAGACCGUGUACAAGAAUGACAAGAGGAUCAAACUGCAGAUCUGGGACACUGCAGGUCAGGAGCGCUACAGGACCAUUACUACAGCUUACUACCGCGGGGCCAUGGGUUUUAUCCUGAUGUACGACAUAACCAACGAAGAGUCAUUUGGUGCUGUGCAGGACUGGUCGACCCAGAUAAAAACCUACUCCUGGGACAACGCGCAGGUGGUGCUGGCUGGGAAUAAAUGCGACAUGGAAGAAGAGAGGGUGGUCUCCGUGGAUAGUGGCCGCCUGCUGGCCGAACAGUUGGGAUUUGAAUUCUUUGAGACGAGCGCAAAAGACAACAUCAACGUCAAGCAGACCUUCGAACGUCUCGUUGACCUAAUUUGCGACAAGAUGUCUGAGAGCUUGGACACUGAUCCGGCUGUCACUACGGGAGCCCCCACCGCCAAACUGACAGACAGCGCUCCGCCACUCCAGCAGCCUGGAUGCAACUGUUAGUGAUCGGCUUUAGAAAGCUGUCAGGGCAGUAGAGUGCAGGGGGCCAUCGCUCUAUCAGUACCACCCUCUUCGGACUGCAGUUCAAAGCCUGUUUAGUAGUAAAAAUUGCAAAGGCUGUUACAUUAUCUCCCAAACUUUAUCACCUUAUAUAAUAAACAAGUAACAAUGAGUACAGUCAUUACUAAUGUAAAACAUAUAAAAAUCACAGGUUAUCUAGAAUAUAGGGAAUCAGUAUCCUUCAGCUAGUUAAUUUGAUAAUAAACCAAUCGUGUCUGGCAGGGCUUGAAAUAGUCCAACACUUAAACUUACACAGGUUAUCCUUCAGACCUUUAAUAUCUUUAAGAAUACCUAUACAAGAAAUAGAUUAAUUGAGUGCUUUAAUAUGUCUAUUAAGUUUUCUGUAUGGUGUAAAUCGUCCUUUUUUUCUGGGUAAUUUUGACUCCUAGAGCUGCCAAAUCUAGAAUUUAGCGCACUAGGCGAUGUAGCGGCUUUCCUUUGUGUAACGACUGUAAUAAUAAGCCUCUGGCCGUGACUGUGCAGUAAGUGAGCGUGGAUUUGCAUGAGUGUGUCAUGUCAUUUUGCCAUUGAAUAAUCAACUACCUUUUGGGGAAAAAAGUGGCCUUUCAGCAUCUCCAACUUGGCCUCUGUAAGUCCCACUGUAAAUCGUGCAUCCUGUUGGAAUGAACCAAGUCUGUGUAACUGAUGUGAGUACAGUUUCACCCUUUGCUGUAUGUAGAUGUGUGAAUUCUCUAAAAAGUAUCUUAAAAGCAACUCAAUCAUUAUCCUCAGCCUUCAAAUGUUUGAUGCAAAGAGCAUGCUGCCAAAAAGUCAAACGUGUGCUGUUUUAUCUGAAAAUAGGCCUUACCAAAAGCUCCUCAGCUCCAUUUCAUCGAAGCACAGUAAAGCAUAUGAUAAAAGCAGACGGUGUGUCAUGGCAUGGAAUAAACAGCCAUAAUUUCGUAUUCAUCGUGAUUUCUGCUGUAAAAUUGAACCCCCUUUUUAAAAAAGGGGGAAGAAAAUCCCUGUAUCUUGCUUAAAAACUUCAUAAAUAUACACCACCUUUGUCUUUAAUAAGUCUAUGACAUGUACAAGUUGCAACUAGUUAAAAAAUUCUAAACAUUUCAAGUUCAUCUCAUAAAUUCAUUUAAAAAAGUGCCAAAACAUUACAAUCCCCUUAACACGGUCAGUUGCUUGUUGCAUAGGUAAAUAAAACUACAAAAAUGUAAAAAAAUAAAAUAAAAAUGCAUGAGGUCAGUCCUGACUUAUUGGUGUAGAGUUAUAUUCUAAGACAAUGUAAAUAUCACUCUGUCUUACAGAUUUAGGAGCAUUGUCAUGGCACUCGCUGUGAAAUGCAAUGGGCCAACAAGUGCAAUAUUUCAUGGUUGAAAUCCUGUAAAUAGUUUCCUUCUGUCAUCUUGUCCAACAGCUUUGUCUGCAGUUUGUGAAUGGAAAUUGGAUGACGUGGUUCUGAAAAUGUUAUGCGCUCUCUUAAAGCAGUGAGGGCUUAAUUCAGAACCUGCAGUCCCUGAUUGUGUGGUGUAAUGUGUAAAGUGGACAUAAAAAGGCUGCAGAUCCCGGUUAUAAAACGCCUGUUUUUGAGAUCUAAACAGAUUAAAUCUAGAUAAAUCAUGACCUAUGACCUAUAAUACUCUAUUGAAAAACAAAGUGAAAACUUUGAGCGGGAGGGAGAAAGAAGAAACAAAAUGUGGUUUGCAUGCCAUUAAACACUUUGUUGAAUCACUUAUUUAUUUUAAUUAAGCCCUAUAUAUUUUUGGGUAGGACUCUCCCAGACCAGCACAUCGGGACUGGCAAUAAUGUCUACUUUUAAACAAAAACCCUCCAAAUGUGUCUGCAAGUGAAUCUUCUGUUAACAGUCCACAUCAGAUCACCCCGUAGAUUUUCAGAUUUAGGUCUGGGGUCUUGCUUCCAGGACUUGUAUCUUCUUGCUAUAAAACAAAUAUUUUAUUGAUUUAGAUGUAUGUAUGUUUUGGUUGUCUGGCUGAAGGAUGAUGCUCCAAUACACCUCCGUCUUUCUAGCAGAUGGCAGAAGGUUUUGUGCCAACACUGACUAGUAUUUGGAGCUGUUCACAAAUUCCACCACCUUGAUAGAGGCCUCAGUUCUAGCUGGAAACAAAACAGCCCCAUAGCAUGGUUCUGCCAGUACCAUGCUCUACUGUGUUUAUGUUGUUUUGGUGAUGUGUAGUGUUGUUUCCGUGCCACACAUACCUCAUGGACUCAAAGUUAAACUGUGGUAAAAUCAGAUCAUAACACAUUUUUGGGGACCUUGUGUGUUUUUUUUUGCUAAAUUUAGCUGGGCUUGGCUAUUUUUACUUGCAAUAAAGGGUUUCUGUCUUGCCAUCCUACUUCAUAUCUCAGUGUUGUUCCUUUUACAACACAGCCAGAACCUUCCAGGAAGUCCAGCAGCCUCCUUAAAGUUUCUGUGGUCCUCUUAGCAGCCUCCCUGAGCACUUUCUUUUCAUUGUUUCAUCAUUUUGGUGGGACAUCUAGCUCUUAGUUAAUUUCACUGUUGCGACAUAUGUUCUCUAUUUGAUGAUGAUUGUCUUUGCUGUGUUCCUUGGUAUGUGUAUUGUCUUGAAAAUUCAUUUGUAGCCUUCAAAUGACUGAUAGCCUUUGACAGUGGGUUCCUACUGGUGCAUUGGAAGCCCUUUGCAGAGCACAGGGUUUUUUCUGUGGAGAAGCCUACGAGAGCAGCUGAACUUUAUUUGGUGUAGAUGAGAGGGAGAUGAGUGUAAUGACUCUUAUUCAUCAUGGGUUGGAAUGUGGACGUUGAUUCUGAACAUUCACCUCCAUUGUUAUAAGAGAGUCAGCAGACGCAUGCAGCCACAUUAUUAAAGUUUUUUUAUUUUUCCCUACUAAAAUAUUUGCAACUAUUGUUUAAGAGUUUUAAAGGUUAGAGGUCACAUCAAAGGGGUUAAAAAGGUUUUGAAAUUAUUUAUCUUGAUUUUAUUCCUUUACAUCACAAAAACCUGACACUUUAAUAGGGGGUGUAGACAUUUUAUAUUUACUUUUAGUGUGUGGAUGGGUGUGUGUGCGUUUACCUGCCAUACUGAAGAGACAAAUUAGAGUACUAUAGUGUAUUGUUUGUGUAUACCUUUUUGUACAAAUGUAUUGCAUACUGUAUGGUGUUCCUGCUAACUGUUGGGUGUCGACUGAACUUCUGUUAUCAUGUCAAAAUGCAGUGUCGUUGUGCAGAUAGUCAGGGAGAUAACCUAGUCCAUGCCAUAUGCUGUACUGUUAACACUAAAGAAAAGGGAUACACUUAAACUUGCACACGAAGUCUGUGUGUGAGCAUCUGUGUACGUCUUCUAAAAAAACAUGUUUGAAUAAAUUAUAGUAGAUCCCAAGUAAAGAUUAAUUUCUUAGGGAAAAACGGAUAGCCAACCAGUCAAUCGGAUAAGAAAAAUCUCGUUUUAGAAAACUUUACAUAUAACUGAAUAUAUUUCUUAGAGUGCAAGCAAAGUAAAAAUGUAUGUUUUUGAGAUUAUAGGAAAUAAAUUUAAAUGAUAUGA